GGUCUCCGUCCCUGAGCUUUCGACGGCGGCGGCGAACUCGUGAUCUCGAACCAGGCGCACUCUCCUCGUCGUCGUCUCCGAUCCACCGCCGCUUCUCGCAACCAUGUCGAAGAGGAAGACCAGGGAGCCCAAGGAGGAGAACGUCACCCUUGGCCCGGCUGUCCGUGAAGGAGAGCAUGUCUUUGGUGUUGCCCACAUCUUUGCAUCCUUCAAUGACACCUUCAUUCAUGUGACUGACUUGUCUGGGAGGGAAACCCUGGUGCGCAUCACUGGUGGGAUGAAGGUCAAGGCUGAUCGUGAUGAAUCUUCACCUUAUGCUGCUAUGCUUGCAUCUCAGGAUGUUGCUGUACGCUGCAAGGAGCUUGGCAUCACCGCACUGCACAUUAAGCUCCGUGCCACUGGAGGCAACAAAACCAAGACACCUGGACCUGGAGCUCAGUCUGCUCUCAGGGCUCUUGCUCGUUCUGGGAUGAAGAUUGGCCGCAUUGAGGAUGUUACUCCAGUUCCCACUGACAGCACCCGCCGGAAGGGUGGAAGGAGGGGAAGGAGGCUGUAGAUGUCUUCUUCAUGCUAUCUUUCAUCUCCCAUGGUGGCAAUCAAGAACUUACUCCUCUGUGUGGUCCUACUGUCUCUAUGCUUAUCAGAAGGAGCUUUAAUUUUGCCCUGUCGAGGAUCAUUUGAUGUUAGUUGAAUCUAUGGUGUUGCUUGGAUCCAAUUUUUGGUUCAGAAACCUGUUACAUUUAUGUGAUAACUAGCUUUUCAGUCUAUGGGAACCUUCAAAUGGAGUGUG